UAUAUAUGAAAUAUCGAUUAUGAAUAUAUUGUGAGUAAGAUGACAGCAGAUCGAUAUUGGACUGUGAAGAUUAGAGAAACAAUAAGAGAAAUGCUUGAGUAUAUAUUCAUCUCUGACGGUGAGACGUACGAUGUUGAAAUCCUGCAUGCAGCUACAAUUCUACAUGAUACAGUAAGAUGACUGAAAACGCCUCACUUAAAGGCAUCAAGUACAAGCCUGGCCUACAGAUAUGGACUAUAAAUGAUAUGAAAAUGGUUCCUGUGCCAAAGGAAGAGUUUGGGAAUUUCUUUGAAGGAGACUGUUAUGUGGUUCUUUAUGGAGGGCCAGAGAAUGUUCGCACCAUGAACAUUCAUUACUGGAUAGGGAACAACUCCUCUCAGGAUGAGCAAGGUGCCGCGGCCGUCUACGUGACACAGCUGGACGAUUUUUUGGGUGGAAGCCCAGUGCAGAACCGAGAGGUUCAGGGCUUUGAAUCAGCCAAGUUUAAAAGUUACUUCAAAAACGGCAUAAUAUAUAAAAAAGGAGGAGUUGGGUCGGGGUUCAAACACGUCGAAACCAACGUCUACGAUAUUCUGCGUCUGCUGCAUGUCAAAGGCCGGAAGGAUGUCACUGCCAUGGAGGUGGAUGUGUCGUGGGCAAGCUUCAACAAUGGGGAUAUUUUUCUGCUGGACAUGGGAAAAAACAUUGUUCAGUGGAAUGGCCCUGAGAGCAACAGACAGGAAAGGUUAAAGGGAUGUUUGCUAGCUCAGAGCAUCAGGGAUAGAGAGAGAGGAGGACGAGCGCAGAUCGGAAUAAUAGAGGGAGAAAAAGAAGAAGCCUACCCAGAACUGAUGAAGAUCAUGAUAUCUGUGCUGGGCCAGAGGACAAGACCAGUGAAAGAAGCUAUCCCUGACAGCACAGUUGACCAGUUAAAGACUGCUAAUGUCAAACUUUACCAGAUUUCAGAUGACAGCGGUAAGCUGAUAGUACAGGAAGUGGCUUCUAGUCCAUUGACCCAAAACCUUCUCAAUUCUAAUGACUGCUACAUUGCAGACAUAGGCGGUGUCUCUUUAGCAGUGUGGAAAGGAAAGAAGGCUUCUGAUCAGGAGAGGCGUUCGGCCCUUCAACAUGCAGUGGGAUUUAUCAAAGCCAAAAACUAUCCCCCCACGACUCCUGUGGAAGUGAUGAGUGAUGGAGCAGAAUCUGCCAUGUUUAAACAACUCUUCAAGUCCUGGACAGAUAAAGGUCAAACCCAGGGCCUGGGGAAAAGUUACACCAGGGGCCAGAUAGCCAAAGUUGACCAGGUCAAGUUCAAUGUCAUGGAACUACAUGCUGAGCCUAAACUGGCUGCACAGGAGCGAAUGGUGGAUGAUGCUUCUGGCGAAGUAAAGAUUUGGCGUAUAGAGCAUUUGGAGCUUCAGGAGGUACCACCCAGUACCUAUGGGCAGUUUUAUGGAGGAGACUGUUAUCUAAUUCUCUAUACCUACAACAGAGCCAACAAACCACAGUAUCUCCUCUACAUGUGGCUGGGUCGCCAUGCCACACAGGAUGAGAUAACAGCAUGUGCCUACCAGGCAGUCAAUAUAGACAACAAAUAUAAUGGAGCUCCUGUUCAGGUCAGGGUGACCAUGGGUAAAGAGCCACGCCAUUUUCUGGCCAUCUUUAAGGGUAAACUCAUCAUCUAUGAGGGUGGAACAGGAAAACCGGGUGUGGUAAACCCUGAUCCCGGAGCCAGGCUUUUCCAGGUUAAAGGAACAGAUGAAAUGAAUACUAAGGCUACAGAGGUGCCAGCUAGAGCAUCUUCUCUCAACAGCAAUGAUGUCUUUUUUCUGAAAACAAAGGACAUAUCUUACAUGUGGUAUGGCAAGGGCUGCAGUGGUGAUGAGCGUGAGAUGGGGAAGACUGUAGCUGAUGUACUUUCAAAGGUGGACAAGCAGAUUGUGAUGGAGGGCCAAGAGCCUGCGCAGUUCUGGGUGGCCUUGGGUGGAAAAGCACCAUAUUCCAGUGACAAGAGCUUUGAGAAGUUAACACCAUCGCACACUCCCCGCCUCUUUGAGUGCUCUAACCAGACGGGGCAAUUCCGUAUGGAGGAGGUGGCUAAUUUCUCUCAGGAUGACCUGGAUGAGGACGAUGUCAUGCUGCUGGACACGUGGGAGGAGAUUUUCCUGUGGAUUGGCAACUCUGCCAACCAGUUUGAAAUCCAGGAGUCUAACAGCUGUGCAUUAGAAUAUCUGAAGACGCAUCCGGCGGGCCGCAGCCCUGAUACCCCCAUCAUCUCAGUAAAACAGGGCUACGAGCCGCCGACUUUUACAGGAUGGUUCAACGCUUGGGACACUUACAAGUGGAGUGGAGGUUUGUCAUAUGAAGAGAUGAAGAGUAAGGUGUCUGCUUCAGGAUCGGUUUCACAGACCAGUGUGAAUAUGAACAACAAAGUUAUCAACAGAAAGUCAGUGGGUGGAGAUGUGCUCAACAGCGCCCCUGGUGGUCCCAAUACUGAAAUCUCAACUCAGAACUCCAAAUCUCAAAAUCCUCGACCCCUCGUGAGCAGCGGCGGCUCACGUGUCGAUGUGGCUCCUGGUAAAAGUCAAAGCUCAGUGAAUUUGGGUCCUGAGAAGCAGACCAAUAAUAGCUCCAGAGAGCCUCAGGCAGUGGAUCCCAGCAACCGAGAGAAUUAUCUGAGUGACGCAGACUUCGAGAGUCUUCUCGGCUGCUCCAGGAGUGAUUUCCAGCGCUUGCCAAAGUGGCGUCAGAGCGACCUGAAAAAGAAAGCUGGGCUCUUAUAGGAAUUCUCCUAAUAAGCAUAAUCUACUACACAAAUAAAUACAAAGAAUAUAUUCCAAAUAUUAAAAAGCAGAUAUAAUUUUACUGUCCCAUUAAAUCAAUAUCACUGAAACUGAAAAUUUGCUUGCUGAAAUGCUUUAUAUAUGCUUUUUAACAGCUUUGACAUAUAUGCCUGAAAAUAAAUGCCAGAAUCUGCUUGAUUA